AACCUAACGAAUAGCAUAGACUAAUAAGGUCAAGGUCUCCCCGAACGAAGCAAAGCAAAACCCCCUCUCUCCCUCUCUCUCUCUCUCUCUGAGACCCCAAAAACCAAAAAUGACUCUCCGUCUCUUCCUCCUCAUCACCGUGUUUUCCCUCGCCUUCUCCUCCCUCUCUGCCGAGUCCUCGGACUCGGACCGAGUAUCGGAGCUCCUGGCCCUCCAGUCCCACUCCAAAUCGGGCGUGAUCCACCUCGACGACCGCUCCGUCUCGCAUUUCCUGAUCUCGGCCAAGACCCCCAGGCCCUACUCACUCCUCGUCUUCUUCGAUGCGACCCAACUCCACGACAAGUCUGAGCUCCAGCUGAAGACCCUCCACGCCGAGUUUUCGCUCCUCGCCAAAUCCUUCAUCACGAACAACCAAGACCCCGAUUCCUCCUCCCAUGGCAAGCUCUUCUUCUGCGACAUCGAGUUCAAGGAGUCUCAGUCCAGCUUCGGGCUCUUCGGCGUCAAUUCCCUCCCUCACAUCCGGCUCAUUGGCCCGAACCAGACCCCGAAACAGUCCGAUCAGAUGGACCAGGGAGAUUUCUCCAAGCUCGCCGAGUCGAUGUCCCAAUUUGUCGAGUCCAAGACCAAUCUCGUCGUCGGCCCGAUCCACCGCCCACCGUUUCUCUCCAAGAAGCAAUUGGCAUUGGUCGUUGUGGGUAUUCUCAUUUGGAUCCCAUUCGCUGUGAAGAAGAUUGUGAUGGGUGAGACUCUGCUCCACGACCCGAAACUCUGGCUGGCCGGUUCGGUGUUCGUCUACUUCUUCAGCGUCUCGGGCGCGAUGCACAACAUCAUCCGGAAGAUGCCCAUGUUCCUGGCGGACCGGAACGACCCGAACAAGCUGGUAUUCUUCUACCAGGGCUCGGGUAUGCAGCUCGGGGCGGAGGGGUUCGCGGUCGGGUUCUUGUACACGAUUGUGGGGCUGUUGCUGGCGUUCGUGACGCGCGUGCUCGUGAAGGUGAAGAAUGUGAACGUGCAGAGGGCGGUGAUGAUUGUUUCACUGUUCGUUUCGUUUUGGGCGGUCAAUAAGGUGGUCUAUUUGGAUAAUUGGAAGACGGGUUAUGGGAUCCACGGAUUUUGGCCUUCAAGUUGGAAAUGAGCUACGAAAAGGUAAUAACUUUUUUGGGUUAUGUUAUCAGUGGUUGAAGUUGGCAUUGGAAUUUAAUGUUUUAAUGUAGAACUUUUGAUUAUAAUCGGGAUAAUGUAGAUUGUUACUUAUAAAAUUUUUGGUUGAAAACCAUUUGGGAGACGAAAUUUGUAAUGUUGAUCACAGGUUUUGUGUUAUAAUCUUCACCAUGUUUGCUUUGGAAGAAUUA